AUGGCCUCUGACACUCCUGCAAGGACAUCACCCACGAUCAUAAUUACUGGCACUCCAGGCACCGGGAAAACAACUACCGCGCAGCUUCUGCUGGAAGAGUCGCCUAUACCCCUUACGCACAUCAACGUCGGCGAUCUCGUUAAAGAGCGUGGACUGCACGAAGGAUUCGACGACGAAUGGGGAAGUUACACCGUUGACGAGGAUAAGCUCCUGGAUGAACUCGAGCCGAUCGCGAGCCAAGGCGGCGUGAUCCUCGAUUGGCAUACAUGCGAACUUUUCCCUGAACGAUGGGCUGACCUUGUCGUUGUACUUCGAUGCAACCAUACGCAGCUAUGGGAUCGCCUCGAAAAACGUGGUUACCCAUUGAAAAAAAUACAAGAGAACAACGAGGCAGAGAUUAUGGAAGUCGUGGCCGAAGAAGCUCGGUCAUCGUAUCCGAAGGAGAUCGUCGUGGAGCUGACGAGCGAAGGCACGGAGGAUUUGGAGUCGAACGUAUCUCGGAUCGUGCAGUGGAUCCAGGCAUGGAGAGAAACCCACCAGUCCGCAGGCACAGAAAGCUAG